GCUCCUGAUCCGCUGAUUCGGCAGGGAUCGUCGGCCCACCGCUCUUCCCGGCCUCUGGCAGGUGACGUCUCGUUUGCUUCUCCAGGGGAAAGCUCGCCCUUCGCGAGGAACCUGCGAAUAAUACAGCGACGUGUCACCAAGGUCAACGAUGCGCCCGGCGCAUCCAGGGCGCCGAUGACUUCUGUGAAUGUUGUACGACGACCUGUUCGGCCCGUGGGGCCCGCUAGUUAUAAUUGUGAUCGGAGCGGGACUCAUCCUGAUCGCGCUGCUCCUGUUCGCUUGCUUCCUCACGCCCGGCUGCAUCGGCUACGAGUGCUUCAGGAAACGAAGCAAGGAGGUCAAGAAUGUACCUGUGCGAGCAAAAAAUCAAGAGAAGGAGAACCUGAAGCUAAGCGACGUCAGCUACAGGUCGUGGAGACUAGGCAGCCUCUAUGAGAAUGACAAUGGUAACGUCUCUCGCUUUGAUAGCGAAGCUGGCAAAGGUACCAUCAGCGAGAACGCGGGGUCUCCGAGGGAGUCGUUUAAUUCCGCCACUGUGCAAUGCGAGAACGUGGAGUGCUCUUCCACGCUGAAUUUGAUUCCGACGGAGAAGCAGAAGAGCGACAAGAAGACGAGAGAGUUCCCGACCGAGUUGACGAUGAGUCUGCAAUAUCUGCCGCCCUGCGACAAUAUUAUCACCGGGAAGCUCGUUAUCGGUAUCGAGGCGCUGUGCGGCCUUCCGCCGAAGCAGUACAACUGCACGCUGGAGCCUUACGUGGCGUUAAACAUCGUGAAGCAAUCGUGGAGCCACAGGAAGCGGCAGAAGUUGCACAGUUUCAGGACGAGGGGCAUCAGGCACACCGCAAGUCCGAUUUACAAGGAGACUUUCGUUAUUGCGAACGUGAGGCCGCAGGAAGCUAAGGAGUGGAUCUUGGAUAUCGCGGCGUACGACCAUGACAGGUACGCGAAUCACACGGAGCUGUGCACGCUCAGGGUGCCAUUGAAAGACGCGAUGAAAGUCUUUUGCAGUCCGGAGGUUCACAUGUUUAAUUACCAAAUGAAAUCCUCCAGUCAGGAAUUUGGUAACAUCUUAUUGGCCAUAAGUUACUUGCCCACCGCGCAGAGGUUGACUGUCAACAUCAUGAAGCUACGUGACGUGAGAUUUACACCGGCAGUGUCGAGCCUGGACAAAUUUAACCCGUACGUUAGAGUGCUGAUGUUGAACGGAAGAACAGGCAAGAAGAUGAAGAAGAAGAAAACUAGAUUCCUGCACGCCGUCGCGCAGCCGGAAUUCAACGAGACGUUGACUUUCGAUCUGGCAGUCACCCAACUCGACACCGUCCAGUUCCUGGUUGUGCUUUGCAGCAAGGUCUUACCAGAGGGAUCAGUUGCUAGCAUCGGUACCGAUCACGCGAGCGACAGCGAGGAUUCAGUGAGCUCGUUCAGAAAAUCCGCCGAUGUGUCCAUCGGCAAAGUGGUGCUUGGAAAAGGCGUCAGGGGACCUACGGAAAGACUGCACUGGUUCUCUGUGCUGCAAAAUCCGAGGAAACUCGUCACCGUAUGGCAUAUCUUGAAAUAACGAGGGUCAUCGUAAAUUUUAUCGCGUAUACGUGUAUAUACAAAGAGGCGACCUUAAUUAAUGCAGCGUCUUAGGCGCCGCUGCCGCUUACUACAGCGUUAACACACACGUGAUCCUACGUGAUAUUUAUUUUUUAAUUUAAUCCCGUUGUUAUUAAAUAUAUAUAUAUAUAUACACUUGCGUGUAGCUACCAAAGAUUGUUUUGCCAAUUAAAUUCUAUUUAAAUCUUUA